AUGUCAAAGAAGUACGACGAAACGCCGCUCAGCGUCCUGGCCCGGACGAACUUGGACAAGUACUUACAACAACGUAGUAAGCUCGCCGAGAAGAAUCGUUCAGACCAACCAGAGUCACUGCGAGGCCGGCAGGUGAUCUUGCUUUCUGCUGAGUCCACGUUUGCCGAGGCGUUGAUGAUGAUGUCCACCGUGCGCGUGCAAUCCGUACCGCUCGUUCGUUACAAGAACCCGGGGAGUUCCACCGGUCCGUACGAUGCCCUGUGUUUUCUGUCCGUCGGCGAUCUCGUGGCGACGGUCAUCGAGCGCGUCGAGAAGGCGGACAUCAAGGGUACCGACCCGGUGUUCGGUCUAAUGGCUCGCCUGGCCGCGAUUGGUUUGGAACUCGAGUCGCUUCCACUGAAACAAGCCCGGACGAAGUGGGACGGGACGGUGCUAUGGAAGAGCGCGUCGACCACGCACUCGCUCGCUGAUUGUUUGAACAGGUGUUUGUACAUCGGAGGCGAGUCGAAUCCGGGCGAGAUAUCGUUGCGUGGGUGCCCACACAGGUUCGCUGUGAUGUCAGACGACGACAAUAGGAUCGAGCACAUCGUGUCUCAAUCCGACAUCGCGAUGUACUUGCACACGAACCGAGAUAUCUUGACCGAUUUGUUCACCGACGCCACCGUGGAGGAGCUAGGACUGGCGCGGACGCCGGGCGUAGCCGCAUGCGUCGCCUCGAUGCCGACCAUUGAAUGUUUCCGGGAGAUGGAGCGACACCGCGUCGGUGCGGUGGCAAUCAUCGAUGAGGCCACGCGUGCUAUCAUUGGGACCCUGAGCGAGAGCGAUAUCACGCAUCUAGGGCGCGGUGGCGCCGGCUUUGCUGCGCUAGCGUUGCCCGUCGCGGAAUUCAUCAUGCACGCACAUGGAAUCUCCGCAUGGACGCCGCCGGUGGCUCAGCGACAAGGACCGUUCAAUCCGAAUUCAAGCGCAUUCUCCGUUGCAUUGAUGCAACACGCUGAGUCACUCGUCGUCGCGUGCAAACCGUCCGACAAGCUCACCGACGUGCUCGCGGCGAUGGAUCACAACGCGGUCCACCGUGUUUGGAUCGUGAACGAUGCCAAUCAGCCCACCGGCGUGAUCGCGCUCGCCGAUGUCCUCGCCGUCGUGGCAAACAUGGGGAUGUCCAUGGAGAACGUUCGUGCGGCGCGAGACAAGAUGUUGGUCGCGUGA